AUGUACACUCCCGUGUCGUCCCUCGCCAAAUGGGGCAUCCUCGUCUCUACGGCAGCAUCUGCCGCUGCCAACCUGGCCCCUAGAGCCACCACUGCCGCUACGACAACUGCAAGCGAGGCCAAGGUCACUGCCAUUACCGGUUGUCAUCUCCAUGCAUCUGAUCUCUACUGCUUCGCUGGUGAGACAGAGUACCUCGUAGACAUCAAGGUCACCGCUACCACAGAUGUCCCCGCCAAGUACACAGACUGCCAUAGCCAUGGCUCUGAAAUGUACUGCGUAGACUCUGAUGGAGAAGAUGUUGCUGAAGGUCAUGAGGAAGAGGAGGCCGCUGAGGCUGACGAGAACGAGCACUGCCAUUUCCAUGCUGGCGUUGAGCACUGCACAGGCGGCAGCGACAGUGAAUCCGAGUCUAGCGAAGCUGGGUCUUCGUCUUCAUCUUCAUGCCAGCCUCGUCAGAGAGACUACAACAUUGGCCUGCGUGUCGGUCUGCUCUUUGUCAUCCUUGCCACGAGCGCCAUUGGCGUCUUUGGUCCUAUCCUGCUGCACAAGAUGAUGCCUACCAAGCUCAACCUGGUGCUCAUUGUUCUGAAGCAGUUUGGUACCGGCAUCAUCAUCUCCACUGCCUUUGUUCACCUUUUCACCCACGCGUUCCUCAUGUUCAGCAAUGAGUGUAUCGGCGAGCUCGGCUACGAGGCUACCACUGCCGCCAUUGUCAUGGCCGGUCUAUUCCUAUCCUUCCUCGUGGAGUACAUUGGUCAUCGCGUCGUCCUCGCCAAGGCCAAGGCGUCAGCCGCGCUCUCUUCCACUGAAAGGAAGAGUGUCUUUCUCUCAACCGAAGUGCUCAGCAUCCUUGUCAUGGAAGCUGGUAUCAUAUUCCACUCUCUUUUGAUUGGUUUGACCCUCGUUGUAUCUGGCGACGAGUACUUCAUCACCCUCUUCAUUGUCAUUCUCUUCCACCAAAUGUUCGAAGGCAUUGCCCUUGGAAGCCGUAUCGCCACCAUCGGAACAGCAGCCGAUGCCGAGGUCGUCACCGCCGCUCGUCCCUCUCAGGAGACUUCUUCCGCUCAAGACUCGGACAAGGCUCCUUGCCCUGCCGAAACCACCUCUUGCGAAGAAGUGGCUCCUCCUACUGGUCUCACUCUGAGGAAGAAGCUUGGUCUCGCUGCCCUCUUCGCCUUUACCACCCCCAUCGGAAUGGCCAUUGGCAUUGGUGUUUUGCAGCAGUUCAACGGAAACGACAAGUCUACUAUCAUUGCCAUCGGUACUCUCGACGCCCUCUCUGCUGGUAUCCUUGUCUGGGUCGGCCUUGUCGAGAUGUGGGCUGCUGACUGGAUGACGGGCAACCACGGCCAAAAGGCUGAGCUUGCUGAUGCCGACAUCCUCACCACUGUCCUUGCCUUCACUGGCUUGGUGGCUGGUCUGGUAGUGAUGAGCCUUCUCGGCAAGUGGGCAUAG